AUGGUGUCCCCGGACUUGAUCCGCAACGUGGUGGGCAUCGUCGGCAACGUCAUCUCCUUUGGCCUCUUCCUCUCGCCGGUGCCCAUUUUCUGGCGGAUCAUCAAGAAUAAGAAUGUGCAGAACUUCAAGGCGGACCCCAUCCUCGUCGUCACCAUCAACGGCAUUAGCCUCGUCAUAGAGGCCGUCUACCUUACCAUCUUCUUCCUCUUCUCCGACAAGAAGAACAAGAAGAAAAUGGGAGUGGUGCUCGCUACGGAGGCUCUCUUCAUGGCGGCGGUAGCGGUCGGUGUGCUUUUGGGCGCGCACACCCAUCAGAGGCGCUCUUUGAUCGUCGGUAUCCUCUGCGUCAUCUUUGGCACCAUCAUGUACUCCUCACCACUCACCAUCAUGGUUGUGAAGACGAAGAGCGUGGAGUACAUGCCGUUGCUGCUAUCGGUGGUGAGCUUCCUCAACGGCCUUUGCUGGACGUUAUACGCGCUCAUCCGCUUCGACAUCUUCAUCACCAUCCCCAAUGGUCUUGGCGUGCUCUUUGCUAUCAUGCAACUCAUCCUCUAUGCCAUCUACUACCGGACCACACCCAAGAAGCAGGAUAAGAACCUUGAGCUGCCAACCGUCGCCCCCAUCGCCAAGGACACCAGCAUCGUCGCCCCUGUCAGCAAUGACGACGACGUCAAUGGCAGCACUGCCAGCCAUGCCACCAUCAAUAUCACGAUUGAACCAUAA